GGUACGUGACCAGGAAACAGGGCUUCAACUCUGCGCCCAAUGGCCUGUUUUGCUGCUUAUCAUAUGAUGAGGGCUCGUGGGUGUAUUUAUUUGGGUGCCUGAGGAGGGCUCGUGGCUUUUGCUGCCGCUCAGCUCCCGCGGGGGUUUUUUAGCAAUGCAGAGCAUAGCAGAAGACAGCAAACCAAAAGCUACAAGCAAAGUGACCUUCCUUUCCCGAACGGAGACCUUUGCAGCUGCCCACAGGCUGAGCAGCAAAUCGCUGAAUGAGGAAGAGAACCGGAAGCAGUUUGGAAAAUGUAAUCACAGCCAUGGCCACAAUUACAAAGUGAUCGUGACUGUACGUGGACAGAUAAAUCCCAUCAGUGGCAUGUUCAUGAACAUUUACAAACUUCAGGAGUACAUGCGGGAAGCUAUUUUACAACCUCUGGACCACAAGAACCUGGACCAAGAUGUGGAAUUUUUUGCUGACGUUGUAAGCACGACAGAGAACUUAGCCAUCUACAUCUGGAGCAACCUGGAAAAAAUCCUCCCGGCAGGAUGCCUCUACAAAGUCAAGCUCUAUGAAUCUGACAAAAAUUUCAUUGUUUACAAGGGAGAAUAAAAAUGUUGACAAAGCACGGGACUCUGGCUGGGAGCGGGUUUCCCGUGUGUCAUGUUAAGACUCA